GGUCCAGUGUCUAAUCCCGUCAGUCGGUUAUCUUUCUACUCCAGAAACGAAAAAUUUAGCGUUUUCUGUUCUCCGUUUUUGCGAUGUCAGUCACCGAAGAAGCUCAAGCACCCGCCGUGGAUGCCCCACCGCCAGAGGAGGCUCCGGUGACGGAGGAGCCCAAGCAGGAAGAAAAGCCAACUAGGCAGACGAAACCCAGGACUCCAAAAGAGAGGAAGCCUGCACAGCCAAAACCCAAAACCAAAACCGCCGCUCAUCCUCCAUACUUUCAGAUGAUAAUGGAAGCACUUAUGGCGCUGAACGAGAAGAGCGGGUCGAGUCCGUACGCCAUAGCAAAGCACAUGGAGGAGAAGCACAAGGCGGUGCUCCCGGCGAACUUCAGGAAGACUCUGGCACUGCAGCUGAAGAACUCGGCGGCGAGAGGAAAGUUGAUCAAGAUCAGAGCCUCGUACAAGCUCUCCGAGGCGGGCAAGAAGGAGAAAUCGACAGCCAAAACAAGCGCCGUUUCGAAACCAAAAGCGGAGAAGAAGACCAAAACGACCUCCUCUGCUAAGAAGCCCGGGAAAAAGAACAAGAUGUCAACCGCCGCGAAGCCCAAGCAGCCCAAGUCGAUCAAGAGCUCUGCUGCUAAGAAAUCGAAGAAGUCUGCUGCUUGAAAUAUGUGAAGACGAAGAAAGAUGUAUAAAAAGUAGGGCAGAAUAAUAAGUUGGAGAAAGUUGUGUUUGUCGGUGCUCUGUUUUUGUAUGUGAAUAUAUGGAAUCUUUUGGUGUAUGGAGGAGAUGGCCGUAAACUUUGGAAAAAUGGGGUCUUUUUGUAAUCUGCAAGUUUUCUUGGAAUGAAAGAACUAACUUGUGCUAA